GGAGAUAAGCAUAUUGCUAAUUCUGUCCCCUUCCAGUUGGAAACCUGCUGGCAAGUGCCUCUGAGUCCAGAAUCUGCAUAAUCCCCCUCACCUUGGCACACGAGUCUUCUGCGCUGCUGCAUCGGAACAGACCAUGGCAGGUCGAGGUGGAGCUGCUCGACCGAAUGGACCAGCUGCUGGAAAUAAAAUCUGCCAGUUCAAACUUGUUCUCUUGGGGGAGUCUGCAGUGGGGAAGUCAAGCCUUGUUCUGCGCUUUGUGAAGGGACAGUUCCACGAAUACCAGGAAAGCACAAUUGGAGCUGCCUUUCUGACGCAGACUGUCUGUUUGGAUGACACAACUGUAAAGUUUGAGAUAUGGGACACGGCAGGACAAGAACGAUAUCACAGUUUGGCACCAAUGUAUUACAGAGGCGCACAAGCGGCCAUCGUUGUCUAUGACAUCACUAACACAGAUACAUUUGUACGAGCCAAGAACUGGGUGAAAGAAUUGCAGAGGCAGGCCAGCCCCAAUAUUGUAAUUGCAUUAGCAGGCAACAAGGCGGACCUUGCCAGCAAGAGAGCUGUGGACUUCCAGGAUGCCCAGACGUACGCAGAUGACAAUAGCUUGCUGUUCAUGGAGACGUCAGCAAAGACUGCAAUGAAUGUGAAUGAAAUAUUCAUGGCAAUAGCCAAGAAACUGCCAAAAAAUGAACCCCAGAAUGCUCCUGGUGCCCCUGGCAGGAAUCGGGGUGUUGACCUUCAAGAGAACAGCCAGCCUAGUAAGAGCCAGUGUUGCAGCAAUUGAGCAACUCUUCCACUUGAGCAAAGCCCUGUCAAAUGACCUGACUGGAAUCCACUCUAACCAAUCGCACUUACGGUAGAGCAGCUGCUGAUUGUGGCUGCUGUGAUUUUUCUCCAUACCCUUCUGAUCCUAGGCUGGAGGGAGCUACUCCACCUGCACCUUUCUGUAUCAAUACUAAUUCAAUUCUAAGUCUUAAGUCACUUUUUUUAACAUAUGAACUUCUGCUCUUCCCUCUUCCUGGUGGUGGAUACAUGACCUGGUGUCUGCCUGGCCUGUUCUUCCCUCCCUUACUUCUGUUGGGUGGGGGCUAGCAGCUUGCCAGGUUCCACAGCCGCCUUGAUCACUCUAUUAAACAAAGGGAUAAUAGACAUAAUCUUGUGUUUAAAAAUUUAUCCACAUAUAAAAGCUAAGGCUAGUCCAGUACAACACCUGUAAGAACCACUAAACAAAACAGUAGCAUUAUAGUGAUGUUUAAAAAAAAACAAAAAAACAAACAAACAAACCUGUGGCUCUUGGGCCAUAUGUAUUGACCAAAUCACAAUUAUGAGUAUUUUGGGGUGGGAUGGGGGGGCAGAGGGGAGCAAGACCUGGUUUCUUCUGUAUUUUGUAUUGUAUGUUUCUUCAACAUGUAACCAAUCAGUAUCUUGUCAAUAUAGUACAUACCAACUAGCCUUCUGUUGUCUUUAUUUUUGUGUUGGACUUUAGCAUGCCAACUCUUUUUUUCUAUCUCCUUAGUUCUGUUGUAAUGCACUAAUCCUGUUGCAAUUUUUUGGGGGGAGGUAGGGGGUGGGGGACAACCAAAUCUUGUAUAGAAUAAAUUGUCUUUUUUUGACAGUGAUGUGAUGCCACUAAUGUUAAUAACCUUCCUCUAGUGCAAAUUGAUCUGGCUUACUGAUGUACAGAGGUGGGGGGGGAGGGAUGGGGGAAAAUUUUGGAUAAUCCUUUUUUUCUUGUCUGUGGAAACCAUAUGUAUUACAAAAACUUGUGAUUCCACAAAAUAGGGCAGGAGGUAUUAAAAUGGCUUCUGUUGCCAGAAUCUAACUGAUGUUGGCUGCUGCCUAGUGCCUGAUGCAAUGUCUUAUACAUAUUGGUAUUUAAAGAUGAACUGUCAACUUAGUCUUCAUCACAAACUUCAGUUUUGUGUGUGAUUAAAAAAUUUUUAUAAACCUA